AUGCCCGCGCGCACUCGUCAAGGUCCCUCCGUCGCGACGGAGGUCGUGGACCAUGAAGACAUCUCCGGCGAUCUGCGCCGUCUCAAGUUUAACGAGCCGCUGUCCUGGCGCGUAGGACGAGCCGCCAUUCCCGUGGCCGAUCUACUUUCACGACUACAGACCCUUGCGCAGGAGCUUCGCAAACUCGAGCAGGAGGAAAUCGACACCGACUCGCUGAGAAAGGUGUCGCAAGAGCUAGCCACCGCUCACCUGCUGGGGCAUAAGGAUAAGGGUGUAAGGGCUUGGACCGCCUGUUGCAUCGUUGACGUCUUGCGCCUUUGUGCUCCUGACGCGCCUUUCACGGCAAACCAACUGAAGGAUAUCUUUACCUCCAUAGUCACCUCCAUCAUUCCUGCAUUAGGGGACCCGUCAAAUCCUUACAAUGCCCAGCACAUUUACGUCCUAAACUCUCUCGCAGAAGUCAAGAGUAUCGUGCUCAUGACCGACCUAGAUCACCCAGACACAUUGAUUAUACCGCUAUUUACAAGCUGCUUCGAUAUCGUCUCUGGAUCCUCCAAGAACUCUACCGGGGAGGAAGUCGCCAAGAAUGUUGAGUUCGAUAUGACACGCCUUCUCGUGACGGUGAUUGAUGAAUCGCCUGUCCUGGCUCCUGAUGUUGUGGAUGUCAUCGUGGCCCAGUUCUUGCGCAUUGAUCCCCGCGCCCUGGAGCUACCCAACAAGAGAGGAAGAAAAGGUGAAACUCCUGUUGACGCCAAACAAGGCACCCUCCUCCUCAAGGACUAUCCUCCCGCUUAUAACAUGGCGAAGGCAAUUUGCCAAGCAUGCCCGGAAAGGAUGACUAGUCAUAUCAGCCAGUAUUUCAACAAUGUUAUCAUCGACGCUUCGGCUCCCGCACCAGGCGCAAACGGAUCUUCGAAGAGCGCCCACCGAAGGCCAAACCUGGAGGACUCGGACGAGGAAGGAGAAGAUAUCAAAGAGCUGAGCAAAGCACAUCGUCUGAUCCGAGAAUUGUGGAAAGCUUGCCCGGAGGUCUUGCAAAAUGUGAUUCCCCAACUGGAGGCCGAAUUGUCUGCGGAGUCUCUAGCCUUGCGUCUGCUGGCCACACAAACAAUCGGCGAUUUGACGGCUGGAAUCGGGGUUGCUGGACCACCCCCGCCGCCGCCAAUGGACCCUGCGGCCUACCCACCUGUAACCCUGGCUGAGUAUGCGCAGACUGUUCCUCAGCCCAGCGUUCUUCUGACGCCAUUCUCUCCGAAGCCAUUCUCGCAAACGCACAGUUCCACCUAUGAAAGCUUUCUUAGCCGCCGUCUGGAUAAGUCUGCUUCGGUCCGUGCUGCUUGGGUGACUGUAGUGGGACGAAUUCUGCUCACCUCCGCCGGUGGCUCGGGACUGAGUGAGAAUGAGGAGCAGAGUCUCAUCAAGCAUGUUGCGUCCAUGCUUCGCGAUGCUGACGAUAGAGUGCGUGUAGCUGUCGUGGACGCGAUUGCUAACUUUGAUUUGCCUUAUGUGGUGAACAAGCUUGGUGUCAGUGGGGGCUUCUCGACUCCAGAUUCGCUUCUUUUCGUUCUUGCCGAACGUGUUAAGGACCGCAAACCGCAGGUGCGCGAGCAUGCAAUGAAGACCCUCGCCCGGAUCUGGGCGGUCGCUGCGGGCGAAAUCGAGCGGGACGACGAGCUUGUCGCGCCUCUGCUCAAGGAUGGACCAUCAAAGAUCUUCGAUGCUUUUUAUACCAAUGACCAGGAUAUUCAUGUCAUGAUUGACCGUGUUCUGUUUGAAAUCCUACUGCCGCUUCACUACCCCCCUGUGAAGGCGAAGUUGACCCGCAGCAGCUCCACGCAGUCACAGAAGCAGAAGGGAUCGCAGGCACAGGAGAGCGAUGCUGAGGUUGAUGUGGACAAGGUCCGCACCCGUCGUAUCCUGACCCUUUUGAGGGGCAUGGAUGACAAGGCGAAGAAGGUUUUCUUUGCCAUGCAGGCCCGUCAAAUCUCGAUGAGAACUGCGAUGACCAUCUAUUUGCAGGCCUGCGAAGACUACAACGGCGGAGUGAUGGAAAAAGAUCAAGACCGGAUUCAAGCUCAAUUGAGCAAAGUUAUCGAUACAUUAUCUAAAACGUUCCCCGAUCCCUCCAGAACGUCUGCAGAUCUGUGGAAGUUCGCUAAAGUGCACGACCGACGUGGCUACCAGCUUAUUCGCUUCGCUAUGGCCGCCGUCAGCGAUUAUCGAACGGUUAUCAAGGCCAUUAAAGAACUCGCGCGGAGGGUACAGAGUGCCAACAAUACUCCAUUGCUUGAAACUCUUACGCCUUUGCUGUAUCGCAGCAGUUCCCUCGUGUUCAACCGGAGUCACAUUCCCGCUGUCAUGAGCCUUUCGAGGACCGACGAGAACGGGCUGGCAAACCCUGCUCAUGAGAUGUUACGAGAAAUCUCCUCUCGCAAUCCCGAGGUUCUGGAGGCACAAAUUCAAGAGAUGUGCAAAGACCUUGAGUCACAGGCGCCGAGUGCCACCACGAAGGAUAGCGCGGGGACGGAGGAGAUCCUCAAAGCGUGCUCCGGAUUUGCAAAGAAAUUGCCUUCCAAGCUUCCCAAGGAGCGAAAAUUCUUCCAGGCCUUGGUCAACUAUGCGCUGCACAGCCCGUCGCCGAGGGCUGCUAAACAUGCCGUUUCAAUUCUGAUGGCUGUCGCCGACAAGAAGGAGAUGUAUGCUAAGGACCUGAUUCACAAGUGUGUCUCGGGUUGGAGCUACGGAUCCGCUCGAUUCCUCACCAAGCUCGCCACCUUAUCCCAGCUCAACUUGUUGGCACCUAAAGAGGCAGAUGAUGAGCGCGAUGCAAUCAUCUCAAUCUCCGUCAACCAGGUUUUGCUUUCCAAUCGUGCACCAGAGCCGAACGCUGGAUAUUCGUGGUCGGAUUCCGUGGACGACGAGACUGAGGCCAAAGAAUGGGCUCUCAAGGUCAUCGUCAAUCGUCUUCGAGCUAAGGAUGCUUCCGAUGAUGCUGAUGACUUCCGUGCUCAUGCGGAACCCGUUUAUGACACCUUGAACACGCUUGUGAUGAAUGACGGAGAGCUCUCGAAGAAGAAAGACACACCGGCAACCCAGAAGCCUAGACUGCGUCUUCUCGCAGCAAGGUCACUGUUGAAGUUGUGUGCGACCCACGGGCUAUGCGACCAAUUGCUUACGCCGAAGGACUUCAACUCGAUUGCCCUCGUCGCACAAGACCCUGUCCUGGAAGUUCGGAGCGGCUUCAUCAGUCAGCUCAAGAAGAAACUCGUACAACAAACACACUUGACCUAUCGUUGGUACACGGUUCCCUUCUUGCUUGCGUUUGAGCCACAUGCUAGCCUCAAGGAAAGUACCCUUACCUGGCUGCGCUCUCGAGCGGCAUACUUCUCCCAGCAGAUGAACGGCAAGCGAAGUGACCAGCAAACAGUCAUGGAGUCUAUGUUCUCGCGUCUUCUCUCCCUUCUUGCUUAUCAUCCCGAUUACCCGCCUGCGGACAUGGACGACUCGACCCGAAUUGAGGAAUUGACCGACUUCGCACGCUACAUCCUGUUCUACCUCCAAGCUGUGGCCAACGAGCACAACCUGUCGCUGAUUUUCCACAUCGCCCAGCGUGUCAAGCAAGCACGCGACGGCAUCACCAAGUCUGAUGAGAUAAGUACGCGUCUUCACACACUCUCGGACCUCGCUCAGGCGACCAUCCGUCGGUUUGCCGAUAUCUACGCUCAACAGCGUAGGUUCGGUGGUGCAAACGGCGGCGCCAGUAUUUUGCAGACCUACCCGGGCAAGAUGGGCGUGCCAAGCUCCAUCUUCGCUCCGAUGGGCAGCCAUCGCGAAGCGCAGGAGGUGGCAGACAAGAACUUCUUCCCGGAAGAUGGCGAAGAGCUGCUGGACCGCGUCGUACGGUCCGUUAUGAAGACGAAAAGUGGGUCUCAGGGCGCCGCGAAGAAGAGAAAGACCGACUCGAACGAGACCGGUGGCGAUACCGGCUCCGCCAAGAAGGCGAAGAAAGAGAGCAAAGAGAAGCCGGCUCGACCUCCUCGUAAGUCGUCGGGCUCAGCUGGGACGUCCAAGGCGCCAAAGCGGAAGAAGAAGGACGAGGACGGAUGGACUUCGGAUGGAGGUGCGGGUGACGGAGCCAGUUCCGCUGCUACGGCUGCUGCUUCUCGUAGACGCAGCAGCAGAGGAGCCUCCAGGAGGAUCAGCUACGCUGACCGAGACAGCGACGAAGACGACCUGGAGAUGGACGACUGGGAUCAACAAGAGGAAGAAGAGGAAGAAGAAGAGGCGGAGGAGGACGACGAGCAGGAAGUGGAGUCGGAGAACGACGAGCCAUCAGAGGAGGCCGAUGUCGAGGACAGCAACGAUGUCGCCAAGGAAAACCUGAAACCCAAAGAAUCGGAAAAGGCAGCAAACUCGAAACUAGACGAGGACCUUGACGAGAUCUCCGACUCGGAUCUCAGCUCUCCAUUGUCAUCGCCGCCUCCGAUCUCGCCCCCGAAGAAAGCCACCGGCGGCCGAGCCGUGACACGUGGCAAAGGCAGUACCACUCUCGCAACACGGCGGUCGUCUCGGAGAUGA